AUGCACGUCAGUGGGCCCCAUCGUCGUGCAUUGUCAACGCGGCGGGUCGCUUGGUAAGUUUGAAUACUUGGCUGGCCCUGAAAGCGCGAGCUAAGAUUUUGAGGAAUCUUCUCCAGUGGGGGGCCUGAUCCAGUGGCAAAAAACUUACCAUUUUGCAUCCGGGAAGUAUCAAAAAUGUGGCAAAAUGCUUCCCUCUCCAACUAAAAAACCUCCGUUUUAAAUUUCCAUCACAAAACGAGCAGACGGGUUUUUAAAACGUGAGGGAAAGGACCCUUCAAAACGAAGUUUUUUCACUUGAAGAGGGAAGCAUUUUGCCAUAUUUUUAAUACUUCCCAGAUGCAAAAUGGUACGUGUUUUGCCACUGGAUCAGGCCCGUCACUGUACUGAUACAUUAAAAGUCGAACUUCUUGGGCUAUCGAUUAAGACUUCUAUUUACAAUGGCAUUCCAUAUUUUUUCAGUAUCUCACUAUUUAUUUUUGCCUGUAUAUACGUUUCCAAAUCACAAACACGGAUUUCCAUCAACGAAUAUUUUGUCGAUUCCCCUCCAGAUGUUUAUGUCAUCCUCGCAGCCGACACGAAUUAUCACUACUUGCUGAACACCCCCUUUGUUGUUCAGCAUUGGGCGAAUUUAGGAGUGAAAUCAGCUGUCUUAUUGGCUGGAACUGAAGAGGAAUAUGAGAAGAGCAUGGCCUCCAAAUUAGCGGUGGAAAUGCUGAGAGAGCUGAAGGUGGGUUUUUUGAUCAAGCCAACACAAAAUUGA